AUGACCGAUAUCAAGCCGACUUCGUUCCUGCAUCGUCCGCUGAAAGUGGUUGUCAUUGGCGCUGGUUGCACUUGCGAUGUGCCUUCACAUACGUACCAGUUCAGCUGGAAUCCCAAUCCGAAAUGGUCCAAGCUGUACGCCCCUGCUCCCGAGAUCCAGCAGUAUCUGGAAUCCACGGUAGAGAAGCAUAAUUUGCGCCGAUUCAUUUGGCUUAACUGGAAGUGCGUUUCGGCACAGUGGGAAGAAAGCACUGCUCGUUGGACGACUGUCUUUGAAAAUGUACAGUCGAAAGAGACGCAGACGGUUGGAUCGGAUAUCCUGAUCUAUGCUGUCGGGCGACUGAACAACUACCGACUCCCCGACAUAGAAGGUAUACACGAGUUCCAAGGUGAUUUGGUGCAUACCGCGAGCUGGCCUACAACCCUAGAUGUCAAGGGGAAGACAGUUGUGGUGGUAGGAAAUGGAGCCAGUGCCGUGCAGUGCGUGCCUGCUCUGCAACCAGACACACGUGCGGAGAUAGAAUCUUUCAAACACCGUCCAGGCGUGUAUCACGACCAUCGAAUGGCACUGGAGCAGAAGCUUGCUGGAGGCUUCCGUGGGCUGUGGAAAGGAACAUCAGCCCAAGCUCAAUUUACAGCACAAGCUCGUUCAUUCAUGGAAUCUAGCAUCCGUGAUCCAUCUCUACAAGAUGCGCUCAUCCCAGACUUUGAAGCGGGAUGCCGUCGGUUCACGCCCGGAGGACACUAUCUCCGCGCAUUGCAGGAGUCGAACAUCACUCCUGUGCGCGACAAUGUUGUACGGUUGACCCAGAAUGCCGUGAUCACUCAAACCGGAAAAUCGUAUCCAUGCGAUAUAGUAGUGUUUGCAACCGGGUUUGAGCCCUACCAACCACGGUUCCCUGUCAUAGGGCGGGAUGGAUAUUCAUUGAACGAGUGUUGGCAUCCAAAGGGCCCAUGCGAGAGCUACAUGGCAUCCAUGGUGGCUGGGUUUCCCAACUUCUUCGCAUUCAAUCCCCCUAUUUGCCCCGUCAACGGAUCAGCGAUCCCGGGUAUUGAACGAGCAGCGAAUUAUAUGGUCCGAGUAAUAAGCCGCUUGCAAACCGAUAGCUUGCGGUCCGUUUGUGUCAAGUUCGAGGCCCAGCAGAGGUUCAACCAGUGGGUGCAAAGCAGAAUGCCGGCGAUGGUGUGGUCCGGGUCUUGCAACUCAUGGUAUAAAAACCGGGACGGCAGAGUGAUAGUCCCGUGGCCUGGAACGGUGCUCCAUUAUUUUGCUGCCACGGAGAUUGUACGCUGGGAAGAUUUUGACCUACAAUUCCAGAACCAUGCGUACGAGAGCUUUGGAAAUGGCAUUACGGAAGAGGGAUUCGUGCCAGAGGAAUUUCCUUGGGCCUCACAGGGUACAAUGCCGAGGAACAACGUGUUCUGGGCAGAAAUUGCUGCAAAGAUGCGAGCGACGUAUCACUCUCUGCGAGGAUGGUUGUGUGCUUUUCUUUCAACAUGUGACUGGCAUGUGAAGGUCGAUCGUCAUCAUCUUCGUAAUCAUCUUCUUUUCCUCACUCCUCUCUCAAUCCGAUAUUCCACCCUCUCCACCACCAUCGCGUCGCCCAACACCGACACUGACCUCUGUCGAUUGUGUCAUUACUCGCGACAGCCACCGAGAUCCGGGAUUGCCCCCUUUCUCCCGAUUCCCUCCCCCUCCAAAGGCCUCUGGCUUCCCGUCAACAUUUGCCUCUUCUGCUUCCGCCUGCCGAUCCUCAUCUUCCUAUGUAUCGGCUACUUCCUCCUCAUCCAGUGGUUUCCACUCGGCUUUUACUUCAAGAAAUCCUGUCUCGCACUGAUCCUGGGCGCAUCGACCAUUAUAUGGAACGACCUUCAGGUGGACGGCGUACGGAAAGGCUCCCUCUCCAAACAACGCCAUGAUACCAUGCCCGGUCCCGGCGACGUGAUCGCCUCCUCCUUCACCUCCCCAAUAGACGCCAUCUACCUCGCCUUCAUCUUCGAUCCCAUAUUCACCGCGUCGUAUCCGAAUUCGCGCCAGGUCGAACACAUCUCUCUCCUGCAGGCGAUUCUCCGCGCGUUCUCCGCCCCCCAGGUGAACCCGCCCCCGGGCGCCCAGCUGGUGGAUCUGGCCACUUUGAUCCGGAAAUACCCCCGCCGCACCAUCGUCACUUUCCCCGAGUGCACCACCACCAAUGCGCGCGGCAUCCUCCCUCUUAGCCCCUGUCUAUUGAGCGCCCCGCCGAACACCCGGAUCUUCCCUGUCAGUCUGCGCUACACCCCCGUCGACAUCGUGACUCCUCUUCCUGGCACUUAUCUAAGCUUCGCCUGGGCCCUGAUGAGCAACUGGUGCCAUUGGAUGCGGAUUCGCGUGGCCGAGGCGGUAGUCACUGGACGCAAUGGGACUGAUGCCCCGGCAAAGCCCGCGCGCCGAUCCACCUACGACACUAAUUUGUUGGAUAUUCUGGACAGCGACCAGACGAAUGGGUCGUCGUCGGAGACGGGCACCCCCACGCCCAGCGAGCAGGCGCUGCUGAACCAGGUUGCGGAUUCGCUGGCUCGAUUGGGACGAGUCAAGCGAGUUGGGCUGGGAGUGGCCGAGAAGAAGGAGUUUGUGCGGGUGUGGACGAGGAUGCGACGGACGUGGUAG